ACGUGCGAAAAAGGAUAAACAAAAAAGGAAGGAAGCCGUCGGCCAUACAAUCGCGGCAAAAUCGGUUCAAAAUUUUAGCCCGUGAGCUGCAGUUAGUCGCUACGUGCACCCUUUUGUUGUCUCGGUAGGCAGCAUUGGGUGUUAGCAAUCAUGGACGAUGCAAUCAUAUUUCGUAUGAGUGCGUUUUCCGAGCAAGGAGGGAGGAAAUACAUGGAGGAUGUUGUCGAGAUCAGAAUCGAAUAUGAGCCGACGUCGGCGGCUAGCGAAGACUACACAAAGUCACACGGACAUGUGGGACAGGACAACGCGGAGAGCGACUCGCCGAAAUCCAGCGAAAGCGAGCUGCAAGCGAAGAAUGCGGCAACCGAGCCUGGCCCGGUUUCUGCGAUGUGGGUUGAAAGCCUGUCUAGCAAGGACACCAGCGACCACGGCGCGCCGCUAUCAGACGAAAAAGUCGAGGAGCGUCUUGUGGACACUCGGAGAUCCGUGGCGUUUUUCGCCGUGUUUGACGGUCACGGCGGCCGCGAAGCGGCCCAUUUUGCCAGGGAACAUUUGUGGGAUUUAUUAAAAAGACAGAGGGGCUUUUGGUCAAAGGAUCAUUCGGAAGUAUGCGCGGCUCUCCGGAAAGGAUUCAUCGCCUGCCACCAUGCAAUGUGGAAACAACUACCGGAAUGGCCUAAAACAAUAACAGGCCUGCCCAGUACGUCAGGCACCACAGCCAGUGUGAUUGUGAUCCGUGGUGUUCACAUGUAUGUUGCUCAUGUGGGAGAUUCAGCGGUAGUGGUUGGAGUGAAAGAAAAUGAAUCGGAUAUUACACUUCAAGCACUGGAAGUCACACAAGACCAUAAACCUGAACUACCGAAAGAGAAGGAAAGAAUCGAGCGAUUGGGUGGAAGUGUAAUGAAGAAGUCUGGGGUGAACCGCGUUGUGUGGAAGAGACCCCGACUUACCCACAACGGGCCAGUGAGAAGAAGCACGGUCAUCGACCAGAUCCCCUUCUUGGCAGUGGCACGAUCGCUUGGUGAUUUAUGGAGCUACGAUUUCUACAGUGGAGAGUUUGUGGUGUCGCCAGAGCCCGAUACCACAGUGAUGACCCUCGACCCCAAACGACAUCGCUACGUUAUUCUUGGCAGUGACGGUUUAUGGAACAUGAUGCCUCCGAAGAAUGCCGUCAAUAUGUGUUAUAGCCAUGACAAAAUGGUGGGGCCAAAAGGAAUGUCUUGCGCCUGCCGGUUGGGAUGCACCGCGCUACUCUUUUGGAAAGAGCGCAUGCUUCGCGCAGACAACACAACAGUGAUUGUACUGGCGCUGCAGGAGCGCGGUGGCCCUACUAUCCCGACGCAUCGAGACGAAAUUAUGGUGGAUAUGGCUCAAGGAAUCGACCACAUUCCCUUCCCGGGAACCCCUUAUAACGUAUAUGAGGUUCCAAAGGCGGAGCGCGAGGAUGGCAUGUUUCAUGAAGAAGAUGAGAUAUAUGGAGAAGAACAUGAGGGAUGGACAUGCCUGGAGUGGUAGUCAGCAGCACGAAGCAAAGAAUGCUUCCUGUCUACAUCCUAAGACUUUGGAGCAGGCAUUUGGGACGUAUGAGGCAGCUUUCUUUGCCAGCGCGCAUGUCUUGCCUGACGUAGACUCGUGGGAGCCCCGCUGUCCCCCUUAGACAGGCCACUGAAUGGGUUUCAAAAGCAGGAGUCAGCACUUCAGAUGGACCGGACUUCUGAGUCGCUCUUCGGCCGUUGCUCCUGACGUCGUCGGUCAGUGUGGUCAAUCCCAAAAUAAAAGUUUGCCUCAUAAGAUUCCUCGCAGCAAAAGCGAACAAUGGUGCGAUAUUCACAAGCGAGAGAGCGACAACACGGCCACAGUAACACCAGGCUUUCUUGUGUGUGUACUGAGUGGACAAGCCUCUUUGGACAUAUUUUGACUCUAUAUGUAUAGACAUUUAUUUGUAAAUAGAUGGAAAACGAUGAGAUUUUCAAUGUGCUUGCUUUUUAUAAUUUUAUCAUUUGGCUAAAGUCCCUGCCCCACCUUUAAAUUUUAGUGUUUACAGAUCUUGUAGAUUAUGUUCAAUGUAUGCUGUCUAUUUUCAUACUUAUACAUGAAUAUAAUGACAAUAGUAUAUAUCGACAGGAUAUUUUGAUGGGUAAAAGUUUCACCAGUCACUUAGAAGGAUUUUCCUCUUUAGAAAUCAAAGUCUAUUAUAGAAUUAUUGGGAUUUUAUCACUUUCUUUUAUCUAAUGUGUCUAGAAUUCAGACCAGUCUUCAGCAGGACCCAGACAUUCUGCUGCGGAUAUUUAAAUUUUCCCCUCAGUACUGCAAUGCUAUUUUUAUGCCCCAUGAGCCUCAUGAAUUGUGGGAGCGACUUCCGGGUGGGUUUUGCUGCUUGAUUCAUAUUCCACAAACGCAAUAUUGAUCUAAAUACCGUGUUUCGACUUUUAGGGGUUAUAAUCAUUUUAAAAAGGGAAAAAGAGUCUUGGAAAGAAAUCCAAUUAAAUUUGUGUUAACAUGUUUGUGCUCUCCACCAGUAUCUCGUCAUCUUCCUCUAUUGUUUUAAUCGGUACAUAUAGUAACCUAUUUAAACGAUUUACACUCGGCUAAUGAGAUUCAAUGACCUCUUGUGUACAUUUGUAGGAGAUUUGUGUCUUAAUCCACCCCGAUAUGGUACUGUCUUAGAAUGAGUACCCAUUAUCGCAUCAAUUCCAUCUUGAUGUGGCAGCUGAAUUGUUUUAGUUGAUUCCGUUGCCUUUUUUGUUACAUGAAUUGUUGCCUUAGCACAAACAAGUUGGUGCUUUUCAUACAAAAAAAUCAAGAUAUGUAAGACGUUCCCUGAUACUUUGACCUGUGGUUUAUUUUAUUUAUCGUGCACCUUCGAUUUUCCACACCAACGUCACAGAACAUGAACUUUUAGGCUGUGACAUGGAAUCUCCUGCUACAGCUACAGGCAUUUUUGUUUCUUUUGUACAGUAUGUCAUUAUGCAAUAGGAGUUUGUACAGUACAUUAUUAUGCAAAGUAAUCGGAUUUCCAGAAGUAUGGCAUGCUCAGAUCAAUUCUGUGUUCUGAAGUUUGCGGGACUAAUGGAUGUUAAUGGACGUGCUGUGUUUUGACAAUUGCAACACUUUUGUUUUCCUGUCACCGCCACUUCUCAGGACUAACUGUGUGAGGUACAUUCUUCAAAAGUGACUGGAUAUACACCCUCUGUGUUGUAAUAAAGUUUCCAUUUUACAAUUGGA